GAAUGUAUCAAAUAUCUCGUUGUGGAUAAUAAAUUGAAAUAUUUUUGCUCAACAAGAACAUCUAUUUUCCAAACAAAUAUUUUCAUUGUUUUAUAAUUAAAUUAAAAAAUAAUUUUAAUAUUUCAAAAAUAUUAGUUUUACUACAUAGAUACUUCUGUUUUUACUAACCAUGGCUGCUUAUUCUAAUAAAUAUAUUUAUGCCACACUGCCAAGAACAGCAAGAGGUCAACCUAUUGUAUUAGGUAGUGACCCUAAAGGAAAAAAUUUUUUAUACACUCAUGGGAAUAGUGUUAUUAUACGUGAUAUUGAGAAUCCAGCAAUAUGUGAUAUAUAUACUGAACAUUCAUGUGCUGUUAAUGUUGCCAAAUACUCACCUAGUGGAUUUUACAUUGCAUCUGGAGAUCAGUCUGGUAAAAUAAGAAUUUGGGAUACUGUCAAUAAAGAACAUAUUUUGAAAAAUGAAUUUCAUCCAAUUGGUGGACCUAUUAAAGAUAUUGCGUGGUCUCCAGACAAUCAAAGAAUGGUAGCUGUUGGUGAAGGGCGAGAAAGAUUUGGACAUGUCUUUAUGUCUGAAACUGGCACAUCUGUAGGAGAAAUUUCAGGACAAUCAAAACCAAUUAACUCAUGUGAUUUUCGUCCUACUCGCCCAUUUAGAAUAGUAACUGGUAGUGAAGAUAAUACUAUUGGUGUAUUUGAAGGACCACCGUUCAAGUUCAAAAUGACAAAACAAGAACAUUCAAGAUUUGUUCAAGCAGUUCGCUAUUCACCUAAUGGCAAUAUUUUUGCAUCUGGCGGUUUUGAUGGAAAGAUAUUCUUAUAUGAUGGGUCUUCUGCAGAUUUGUUAUCUGAACUUGGUAGUCCAGCCCACAAAGGAGGUGUUUAUGGAGUUGCCUGGAAUGGUGACAGUACUAAAUUGCUAACUUCAUCUGGCGAUAAAACAUGUAAACUAUGGGAUGUUGAAACAAAGUCAGUUAUUAGUGAAUUUGUUAUUGGAAAUCAAGUGGAAGAUCAACAGGUAUCUUGUUUAUGGCAAGGAAAUUAUUUGUUAACAGUGUCAUUGAGUGGUUUUAUUACAUAUCUUGACAUCAAUAAUCCUGCUAAACCUAUUAGAGUAAUUAAGGGUCACAAUAAACCCAUUACAGUAUUAGCAUCAAGUCUAGAUCAAAGUAUAAUUUACACUGGCUCUCACGAUGGCAAUAUUACUAGUUGGAAUGCUAAAACAGGUGAAAAUGAUAAAAUACAAGGUAUUGGUCAUGGGAAUCAAAUAAAUGGAAUGAAAUUAGAUAGUGAAUAUUUAUACACUUGUGGUAUUGAUGACAGUCUUCGACAAGUGAAUAUUAAAACUAAUACCUAUACAGAUUUACAAAUUAAAUUAAAUGCACAACCUAAAGGAAUGGAUCUUAACAGUAAUAUUCUUGUUACAGCAACUGUAAAAGAGAUUAUUGUUUUAAAAAAUGAAAAAAAAAUAUUUAAUUUGCCAGUCGAUUAUGAACCAUCAGCUGUAGCUGUAAACUCUGAUGCUUCAUAUGUAGUAAUUGGUGGUUCUUUAGAUAAUAAAGUACAUGUGUACAAGUUUAAUGGAAGUAUAUUGGAACAUACAGCUGAAUGUGAUCACCUUGGUCCAAUUACUGACUGUGCUUUUUCGCCAAAUAACGAGUAUUUAGCAGCAAGUGAUGCUAACCGAAAAAUUAUUUUGUAUAAAGUGCCUGAAUUUACUGUGGCACAUAAACAAGAUUGGGGGUUCCACAGUGCACGUGUAAACUGUGUUGCUUGGUCUCCUAAUUCUAAACUAGUAGCCAGUGGAAGUUUAGAUACAACAAUUAUUGUUUGGAGUGUUUCUUCACCAAAUAAGCAUACAAUUAUUAAAAAUGCUCAUCCUCAAAGUCAAAUUACACGUGUAUUAUGGUUGGAUGAUGAAACUAUUGUAUCAGUUGGUCAAGAUUGUAAUACAAAAAUCUGGAAUGUUACUCCUAUUUAAAUGAGUCAUUUGAUGAUAUGUUGUAUAUUUAUUUAUUUAUAUUAACAAAUAUUUAAAGAUCAAUUUUAUAAGCUCCAUCUUUCCUCUUGAAAAAUCCUAUUAAUAUUUAUUAACUUACUUUAAGUACAUUUAACAUUUGGAAUUAACCUAAUUUGUUAUAAUUUAUUUUUGUCAUCUUUUUUUCUAAAUCUGUGAUUAGUGUAAACUAUAUAAAAUU